UUCACGCACUGCUCACUUCUGUCUCCCUCAGGUGGGGAGCGCCUGGCUCACAAGGUCGCGGAGGUCGCUGCAGCGAGGGGCCAUGCUGGGAACAGAGGGGCAGUAGAGGCCGAGAGGAGCCUCAGAGGGGUCUGGGCCAAAGCCGUAGGGAGCCAUGGAGAGCUUCACAGAGUCACUAAACAGGCUGAAGGAGGUCCACGAGAACGAGGUCCGAGGCCUGCAGAAUAAGCUUCUGGAGCUGAACUCGGAGAGAUGCCGGGACGCCCAGAGGGUGGAGGAGCUCUGCGCCAAGAACCAUCAGCUUAGGGAGCAGCAGAAGGCGCUGAAGGAGAACGUGCGGGUGCUGGAGAACAGGCUGCGGGCCGGCCUGUGUGACCGCUGCAUGGUCACCCAGGAGCUGGCCAGAAAGAAGCAGCAGGAGUUCGAGAACUCCCUCCUCCAAAACCUACAGCACGUCUUCAUCCUCACCAACGAGUUGAACCGGCUGCAGCUGGAGAACGAGACAUUGAAAGAGGAAGUGAAGCGACUUCGGGGCCCGCGGCUCAAGCCCCAAUACAGGGAGGGUGCCUCAGACCCCCCCUCACCCCUUCUACUCCCCUCCCCGGGGGCUUGGAAGGCCAUCGCGGAGAAGACGCUGGGAGGCCACGAGGAGGCCGAGGACGACCAUCCAGAAAAGUCUACGGGGUACAGGACAUCUCCAGGAGCCAAAAUCUCCCCGAGUGCCAGCCUGCCAGAGACACGGGCCCCGGACACGAGCCCCCAGCGAAUCUCCAACCAGCUGCACGGGACCAUCGCCGUGGUGCGGCCGGGCUCCCAGGCCUGCUUUGCUGACCGGGGCUCCACCAACGGGACACCCCCACUGCCACUGACCAGAAGCAGCCCGCCCAGCCCACCCUAUGAGCACAGCCUCCCACUGGACAGCUUUCUGCGGGCCUCCCGGCCCCCCGCCACGGCCUAUGAGUCCCUGAAGCGCUCCCUCCAGGCUGACCACCUGUGCCUCCUGAACCAUCACCUGUCUCUGCACCUUCAGAGCCCCCACUGCAGCCCCCAAGUCCCCGCCACAGCCCCCCGUGGCCCCCAGCCCCAGGGCCUGAAGGCUGGGGAGGCAGAGGCCUGGGAUGAGCCGGUGGGCCUGCUGGGGCUGCCGGGGGCCCUGGUGGAUGUGCGAGACCCUCGGCUAAAAGGAGCGUUGCACCUGCUCCUGGCCCAGCAGCUGAGGGCACAGGGGCAGGUGGGCAGUGCCAGGCUGAGGGGCCCGCCCACGCCAGCAGGGACCCCACCCUCCCCACCAGUCAGCUCUGACUCAGAAGGCCCCCAGGGCGAGGCGGCCGGAGCAGCCCUGUCCGGAGGGGGGCACACACAGCCCACAGGCCCAGGCAGCCCCAGGGGACAGGAAGACAGGGCCACACGAGACUAUGUCCCAGACAAGCCCCUGGACCUCUCUGAGCGGGGCCGGGGCCGGCAUGCCCCCAAGCCUCCGGGCUGGCCGGGGUCCCUCAGCCCCCCGAGUGCCCACACUCCCAGCCUGGCGCCACCUCAGGGAGUGGAGCUACCUGCCCGGUCUGGACCCCGGGGACUCAGCAACGGUACCAAGGAAGCCAGAGCUCCAGAGCCAGAAGGGCCCGCCGCUCCUGCAGAUCCCUCCCAACCUCUAACACGGCCCCACCCAAACAUGCCCUCUCCAAGCGGGACGGGAGCUGAGGGGAGAGGGAAGCCAAAAUCUCCCCCCAACCCACACAGGCCUGAUGCUGAUGGCCCCCCAGGUAAGGAACUCAGCAAGGCCCAAGUGCAGGGGCUGGAGUCAGACGAGCUGGACGAGUUGGACCCCUCGGACAAUGAGGUGGGCCUGAGCUCCGAGGUGGGGGCCAAGCCGAGCACGCCAGGGGAGGGGUCCAGGUGCUCCUGCACCAAGGAGUGCAAGCGAGGGCUGCUGCAGAAGAGGAAGCGGCCCUCGGGCCCAUGGUGCAAAGCCCCCAAGAAGCCGCCACCGGCAAGAAGGAAUCCGGGGGAGCCCCUGACAGCACACGAGGGGUCCGGGAGCCCAAGGCACCCUGAGGACAGCAGCCCCUCACCCAGCAACAGCAGCUGGGAGGAGACUUAGCAGGCUGCUCCCAGGGGCACCACAGCCUGCCCAGACAUGGCUUCCCACCCGGCCACCAGCCCGGCAGACGGCCCAGCACGGGGCAGGAGGGGACUGGGUCCUGGCCUGUGGCCACAGGGGCUGGGAAGCCCAAGAGCGGGUCUUUGGCUGGUCAUUUGAACCCCUCCAUCUCUACCCAUCUCAGAAAUGACCAGCUGGUCCUGCUGCCCCUCCCACACCCUAGCAUUUGCUCCCUGGGGGGAAGUAGGGUUCGGGGAGGCAGAGGAGGCAGGGGUGACUCCGGCUGCAGCCCAGCCCAGCCCAGCCCCCACCCCGGCUGCUCAUAGGCAGCCCUUCCUGGGCUGCCCCCACCUCUCACCAUCGCAAACUCCACUGGCCUCCCUGACUCCCCGGGCCCUGCUGCCUGGCCACCCCGUCCCUGUGGUCUCAGGCGCCCCCUCGUGGAGUCCCGCAAACACGCUGGGUGGUGAGGGUGUGGGGCACCCCAGCAGAGGUGAGACACCCAGGAUCAAAGGUGUCAAAGAUGGCAUGUUCAGCUGGCAGACUCAGGGGUCAGCUGGGUCUCCACCUGCCUCCGCAGAUGAUUCGAGAGACUCUGGGAUGCAUCCAGGUCUGAGGAACAAAACCAGCCCCAUUUGCAGAGGGGCAUCUCUAGGGAGGGCUGCAGGGAAAAGAACAGGAAAUGUGUACCAGUCCCCCCAAGAGUCCCCUCCUCACUGGCUACUCCUGAGGCCCUGGCCCCACAUCUGCCGCCGACCGCUCGGCCACCUGCAGGGCCCCAGGGCAGCUGGCCCAGGACUUGACCCUUAGCGCUCAGGGAUAUCUGCUCCCUCAACCAUUCUCACUUCCGGAGGGUGUGUCUCAGAGCACCCUCUGUGAGAGGAGCUUAAGCAGGUUCCCGGGCCCCAUCCCAGACCCACUGAAUCCGGGUCUUGGGGCCACACCUGCACAUGAAGUUUGAGAAAUCUAAGAACUGCCCGAUGCAAGGCAAAGGCAGGAGACUGGGCAAUAACUGGGCUGGGUGAGGCCUGGGGCAAACUGGAAGCACAGGCCGGACCAUGGGAACAUCACUCCGCCUUGCUCCCUGUGGCCGGCCCAAACCCCAAAGGGACUAAUUUCCCAAGAGAGAGGUGUAGGGGUGUGUAUGUGCAUGUUUGUGUGUAAGUGUGUGUGAAACCUCCUGUUAAAAGUUGCUUUGAUUUUCCUGAAAUCAAAUAAAAG